UCAACAGCCAGUGCUCUGACUUCAGUAACUGGAGAUGUUAGUAUCAGACUGGUGAAUGGUAAUAAUGACUGCUCUGGAAGAGUUGAGAUCCUGUAUAAUGGCCAGUGGGGGACAGUGUGUGAUGAUGCCUGGGACAUGAAUGAUGCUGCUGUGGUGUGCAGACAGCUGGGAUGUGGAAGAGCUGUUAGUGCACAUGACAGUGCUCAUUUUGGCCAGGGUAGUGGUCAGAUCUGGUUGGAUGAUGUGGGAUGUUCAGGAAGUGAAUCAUCGCUCACACAGUGUUCACAUCCUUCUUUUGGAACACAUAACUGUGGUCAUAGUGAAGAUGCAGGCGUCAUCUGCUUAGGUAAAAGUACAUACAUAUAUUUUUUUUAAUUAAGUUUUUGCUGUUCACCUUGAUAUUUUAUGCAAUAUUUUAUGUUAAUUGUUUUACCAGCAUAUUUAGUUGUCUAUAAAUUUGAGGUAAGUAUUUUGAAAAUGUGCCAGCUGCUUGCAAUAAAAAAAGGAUACUACAGCAAAGAAAACUUUAAAAUAAUAGAGGCUAUACAUGUUUGAUGGUUUGCUCAUAAACAAUGACAAACACAUAUGAAAUACAGUACUUACAACAUGCCAAAAAUACAUUUUUUAUCACAUUGUACUUUUAUUUUUAAUUCCAAGUACCAGACAUGAGGUUGGUCGGUGGGUCUGAUUCAUGCUGUGGGAGAGUGGAGAUCCUGUAUAAUGGCCAGUGGGGAACCGUGUGUGAUGAUCACUGGGACAUGAAUGAUACUGCUGUGGUGUGCAGACAGACACAGUGUGGAUCAGCCAUCAGUGCUUCUCCUAGCGCUGCCUUUGGUCAAGGCAGUGGAUCAAUCUGGCUGGAUGACGUUGGAUGUUCAGGAAGUGAAGGAAACCUCACACAAUGUUCACACAGAGGACUAGGAACAAAUAACUGUAAUCAUGGUAAAGAUGCUGGUGUUGUUUGUUCAGGUGAGCUGCGGAUGCCGACUCUUUCCCUGACCUCCACAUAUGCAGCUGUUUCUCCUGGAGAAAAUAUCCAGUUCAGUUGCACAACACCUAAACCAAGAUGCGAGGCUAAAGCUGAAUUCCAGCUCUUCAGAAACGGACCAUCUAUAUCCUCCCAGACACAUGAAUCUAGUGUGACUUUCAACCUUGUUAAUGUAGACGUCUCACAUCAGGGCAUCUACAGCUGUUGUUACUCCUACCAAAACAACAUCAAAUCAUCUUUGAGCAACACUGUUAUCAUCACUGUGGGUGAGUGCAAUCAGUUAAGUCUCAUAGAUUGCAUGCAUUACUAAGUAGAGCUGGAGCACCUACUUGGACUCAAGUCCGGUUUCGAGUACAGUUUUUAAAGGACUUGGACUUGUCACAGGCUCUUUAUUUUUACUUGAACUUGACUUGUACUUGAGACUUUCAGAAUUGGAAAUCUGUCACAGUCCAACCGAAUCCAGGGACAGUUGAUGGAAACGUCACUGCAUUAUCACAAAUGUGUUUUUAAGUCUUGUCCAGUACUUGAAAGUCGACGGGUUUCUAUGCUCACACCGAAAGCACGCGCCUCUCAGUCAGUGUGCGAAUGCUGACUUCUUUCACUUAAGUUCUGUUAUUGCUACUCACUUACAUUAAAACUUAUGUCAAAAUGCCCGUCUUGUUCAUGUAAAUGCAGUUGGUUUUGAACAGUUGGGAGAAAUACAGAUGUGGUAAAAUAUUUGAUCUAUGCAUCAGAUCUUAAAGCAACAGCAUAAA